AUGAGGACAAAAUCUGGAAUUGCUUUGCUGUACAAUGAGGAGACCAACAAUACCUAUGAUGUCUGCCUGAAAUUGACCAAAGAGGCGUUAACCAUACAGAAGCUGGACGUGGUUUGCACAAAUGGAAGUGAAUCCCAAGUAAAUCACAGAACUGUUUUACUGCGAAGACAGGCGGCUGGCGGUCUGGGCUUAAGCAUCAAAGGGGGUGCAGAGCACAACGUCCCUGUGGUUAUUUCAAAGAUUUUUAAAGAUCAAGUAGCCGAUCAGACGGGGAAGCUGUUCGUCGGGGACGCUGUGUUGCAGGUCAACGGUAUAAAUGUCGAGCCUUGUACCCAUGAAGAAGUUGUUCACCUCUUGCGCACUGCAGGAGAUGAGGUCACCAUUACUGUUCGCUACCUGCGAGAAGUUCCAUCAUUUCUUAAACUGCCUCUAGGUUCCCCUGGGCCGUCCACAGAUCACAGCCGAGUAUCCUCUCCACUCUUUGACAGCGGCUUACAUUUAAAUGGAAACGGAAACAACACAGCUCCAUCGCCCCCUUCGCCCUCAGCUAAUGAACCAAAGUACGAGAAGCGCUGGCUGGAUGCCGUCUCCCUGCCCCUGCUGAUGGCCAGAGUCUCCAGAUACAAAGCGGGCACCGAUAAAUUAAGGUCCAACUGUUUUGAAGUGUUUGCCUUGGAUGGAGCCAGUACAAAUAUUCUUCAAUUUUGCACUGCAGCAGAAAGCACCGACUGGCUCCAAGCAAUAUCUACAAAUAUCAACGAGUUGACACAGGAGAAUAUAAAGAUUAUCAACAAAUACUGCUCUUCAGAUGAUCAGGUUGUUCACAUGGGCUGGGCGUGUGAAAGCCCUGAGGGUAGCGCCGCUGGUAGAACCUCAGCUUUCAAGUUCCUGGCACUGAGAGGACCAUAUUUUUACAUCUUCAGAAGCCCCCCGAUCAAUGCUGCUGACUGGGGACAAGCUGAAACGACAUAUAACCUCUAUGAGGUUCUUUUCAAGGUUCACAAGCUGUGGAUGGCCGAGGACUGCUGGCUCCAGGCGAGGCUCUACCUGGGGCUGGAGCACUCCCCGGAGCAGCAGGACGGAGAGUCUCUGUGCUUUAGCAUUCUGGUCGGCCACGGACAGAGCCAUACCUUCAGGGUGGAGCUGGCCUCGGACCUGGCUAUCUGGGAGAAGUCCUUCCAAAGAGCUGUCUUCUUGGAGGUGCAGAGAAUACGAUCCAGAAGCUACAUGUGCAGCAGCCAGGGGAAUGUGCUGUGCUUCACCAUAGAUUUUGGAUCAGGCUUCACCUGCUCAGAAAGCUCUUCAAAGACCGCACUGUGGCGAUAUAAGUUCUCUCAACUUAAAGGCUCCUCUGAUGAUGGGAAAACCAGGGUGAAACUGCUUUUCAAGAAUGCUGAAAGCAACCAAAUAGAGAUGAAGGAACUAGAGUUUGCCAAUCUAACGGCCGUUCUUCACUGUAUACAUUCUUUUAUCGCUGCCAAAGUGGCCUCCAUGGACCCUCUCUUUAUGUGCAGUCAAAGCUUCCCUGGAAAUUACAUAAACAGUUAAAGACUCAUCCUCAUUGUCAUGUGCAACUGUGGCAAACCAGAAGUAUUUUCAAUUCAUAUGUAUAUCUUGUUCUUGCUAUUUUUGUAUGAACUACUUCAAAAAAGAGUAUUUAUAAAUGACUGUAUAGGUACA